CUGACAUGAUCCUACCGGAAGAGUGCAUUUGGUAUGAAAAUACAUCUGCGCGGAAUUAUACAAUGAAACAUAGCUAGUAGCCCCAGUUUCUUUCUAAAUUCGUUCUUUUAACCACUGUUUAUAGAGAACUAUCAUCAUGGCCAAUUUUACUGAAGCGGAUUUACCACCAAAUCUGACUUGCCGCAAAAAUGUUGAUACCCUUCUCCGAUGUCCCAUUUGUUUUGAGUUCCUGAGUAUCGCAGUGAUGACAAAAUGCUCUCACAACUUCUGCUCUUUGUGCAUAAGAAAAUGUAUGUCCUACAAGUUGCAAUGUCCAGUGUGUAAUUCACCUACAACAGAACAGGACCUAAGAAACAACCGGAUACUGGAUGACCUGGUCACAAACUUUCAAACUGCAAGGCAGCAGUUGUCAAAAGCUAAUUUCGACUCACCUCCAUUAUCCCCGAAGACCCCAGCCUCUGCUGUCAAGUGUAAAACACACAGACAGACCAUGGGCCCCAAGAAGGAUGGCUCCAUCCUCAGUCACUUUUUCCAGAAGGGGCCAAUCACUUCCACAACAUCUCUCACUACAGAGGCCCUGCUAGCACGUCAUACACAAACUGUGAAAGUAGACCCUGGUCAUCAGGUCUCUGUGAACAAGGAACCCAUGGAGGAGGAGAUACCGGUGCUGGUGUCUGUGAAGAUUGAGAAGAUGGACAUCUCCAUGACAGGGCUGGCGUCUCUGGCUGACUCACCGUCCACAUCACAGGACAUGAAGCCUGUAGUUAAAGUGGAGUGUCCUGUGUGUUCCGUGGGCAUCUCUGAACAGCUCAUCAACAAGCACCUGGACACCUGUCUGACCCGAGGGGAGAAGAAGGAGAGCCUUAGGAGCUCCCUAGGUGCUAAGAGGAGGCCGAUGGGGAAGCUGGUGUACACGCUGCUGUCCAUGCAGGAGCUGAAGAGGAGGCUGAAGGAGUGCCACCUCUCUGUCCAGGGUAACAAAGAUCAGCUGGUCAGGAGGCACCAGGACUUUGUACAUUUCUACAACGCCCAGUGUGACGCCCUGGAACCGAAAUCAGCCAAAGACAUUGCCAAUGAAGUGGAGGCCAACGAGAAGGCCAGGAACCAACUUCAGGGGAAAACCAAACGUGCCAUGGACUUCUCAAAGAAUCAAAGUGUGGGGAAGAUCGACGAGAUGCAUUCAACUUACAGGAAGCAGCAUAACAGUGAGUUCUCCCGCCUUAUCGCCCAGGUCCGGGGUCGCCUGGAAAAGACCAGGAAGAGGGAGAUGAAACAGAAAGUGAGGGAUGAGAGAGUAGAGGAGGACCGGAGAGCGGGCUCCAGCUCUGCAGAUAAAGCAGCAGAACAGGAACAGAGGGAUCCCAGUCCCAGUGACUCAGAGGCCUUCUGCAUAUUGAUGACAUCACCAGUGCAGGAGCCCUCUGAGGAGCAGCAGCAGCCUUCUGUUGUAGAGGUCAUUUCCAGGUCACCCAGCUGUCUCAGUGACGUGUCCAUCAGCAGUCCUGCUUCCGGAGGUCACCUUGUGAUCCUGUGUGAGUGUGAGCCCCAGACUGAGCAGAGGGAGAUGAGGCCUCCAGUCGAGAACUUCAAAGGGACUAUACAGCCCUCAAAAACCAUCUUUGGGAGAGGAGCUCUUCAAAGUAUUUUUUUAUUCCCCACACAGUGAUCAUUUUUUAAAAUCUUUGUCCAGGCAAAGUGAUGAAAAGCUCUUUAAUUCAACUUGCAUAGAGGGGUGUUGUUGAAGAAUCCUGAGAAGUUUUGCUGCACUCUCCACGGGUAUUUAGAGCAUCUCUGAAGAGAACAUUUAAUGCUGUCUUCUAAUCUUACGUAAGUGAAAGGCCAGCCGUAUGGAGGUACAUACUAUAAGCAGGUCCUUGUUUGGUUUUGAUUUCAUGUUUAGGAGAGAAACAUUACUUCCAGCGUUCUGCUCAUUAUGGGAUAAAUCAGGGCUGCUCAACGCAGGUGUUCAGGAUAGAUUGACCCAAUGUGUUUGCUUUUUUGUGGUUCUCCGGUUGUUCUUUCUGGUGAAUCUCUUUCCUUCUGCACACUAUGGCAGUUUCUUCAGCCUCCAUUUGCUUUAUUGAUUUUAUUUUUAAGUUCCCCUCCCCUGACAUGUAUUGAUUUACUUUCAAGAGAAGAGAAUAAUAUAAAGGAAAAUGUUGAAAAAAUAAUACUGAAAUAGUGAGUAGGCUACAUACAUUAUAUUUGUAUUGUGAUAAGGCUACAUGAAGAACUUACAAACUUCACUUUCAAAAAGGCCUACUUAGGGCUGAAAUCAUUUUAACUUAAAUAGCCAUCUUAAGCUUAGACAAAGUACUACAAAGUACUAGUAAAUACGUUUUUUUCCCUGUUGAAUACAUUUGCUAACAUUUCUAAAAACCAGUUUUCGCUUUGUCAUUAUGGGGUAUUGUGUGUAGAUAUAUUAUUUUAUCCAUUUUAGAAUAAGGCUGUAACGUAACAACAUGUACAAAAAAGUCAAGGGGUUUGAAUGCUUUCCGGAAGCACUGUAGAUGAAGCAAAGGAGUGCAGCAUGGGCAACACAAUGUACGACAAGGAUGUACUUUUCUGAUCAAUUUCUCUUCAGUAUAAAGAUGAAACUGAACAAGUGAGUAAAAGUUAUGCAACGUCAAAUUAGCUAGUCGUCUUUGAAUUAGGCUAUUAAAAGGUGUUAACACCUCCCAUCCCUGUAUAUCGACUCAUUAAUUUAAUGG